AUGGUUUCGAAGGAGGAAGAUUACUUCGACAAUGAGUAUUACACUAUGAAUCGUCGAUUUUUUCGUUUAAUUGGAUUAUGCCAAAAGACGUCAUCUAAGAACCUAAUUCAUAUUUGUUUUAUUAAUUUCAUGCUAGCUUUUGGAAUAUUCGAGCAGAUUCAUGUUCUCAUCGUCUCUGAAAAAAAAUUAAUAUUGAUCGCCAAAUUACUGGAAACGACCUUGCCUACAUUAUGCUUCGCAUCUUGCUAUUGCAAUCUAUUGUUCAAUGAUAGAGUUAUGAAGAAAAUUCUUUAUCGUAUCAAGUCCGAUUGGGAUGAUCUAGCAAGCAAACCAGAACUAGUCAUACUGAAGAAAUAUGCUGAAAUAAGUAGACUUUGUACAUUAACAAUCGCAAUCCUUUUUUAUCUUUACAUUUUAUUUUUGAUAUUUCCAUCAUUGUUAAGUGUAUUUCGAUACGUAUUUGGUGUUAUAAAUGAAACAGAAUUAAUAUUACCGCUUCGUACUGACUAUUUCAUGAAAAAUCAAAUGUGUUACUACAUUGGGCUUACAGUCGAAUAUGUAAUUAUAUUAAUCGCGGGCACGGUAGGGAUUGCUAACUAUUCCAUGUUUAUAUUGGUUAUCCAGCAUGCUUGUGCACUUCUUACCAUCGUUCAAUGGAGAGCAAUUGAAGGAUUUGUAAAGAAUCAACAAAAUUUCUAUUAUUCGAAUAAUAAUUGUGAAUUAAUCGAAGAGAGAGCGAAGAUAAUCCAUAUCAUAAAAUUCUAUAAUAAGGCGAUCGAAUUUAUUGAUUUAUUGAAAUCCUUUUACGAAGCAAUACAAUUGCUCGAAGAAUUCUUUGGAAUUAUAUUCAUUUUGUUAUUUCAGAUAAUUUCUUUAUCUCUUAAUAUGACCGAUGGAAUAACAAGGUUCUCAUAUGUUCUUGCAUCUUUUUCUCAAAUAUAUGCUUACGUUUAUCUGGCACAAAAAUUAAUAAAUAACAACGUCAACGUAUUCACAGUAUUAAUCUGUCAAAUUCCAUUUUAUUCGUUAUCUUUGAAGACGCAAAAUUUGUUACUCUUUUUGAUAAUGAGAAGCAUGAGGCCAUGCAAUUUAUCGGUGAGGGGUGCUAUUGUUGUAUCCAAUGACCUUUUUGCUACGUUUAUUAACAUUGAUCGAAAUUACUUACUUUACAUGGAUACAAUUCGUCGAUGUUCCAUGCCACGUCCUUCAUAUUCGAGAGACGAAGAGGAUGACGAGGUUAAGAGAGUGAUGUAUUAUCAGCGAAGAGAUGCAGGUGUUUUAGUGGUCUUUGGAUAA